UUGCGGGUACCUGCUCACCGAAACUAAUAUAGCUAUCAAUAGCUAUUUAAUAUUGUCUAUUAUUAUUUACCAUAAAGAAAGUUGUAAUAAAAUCCCCUUUUACUUCCGACACUCUCUUGUUCUGUCAUUCGUGGGAGUUUGAGGCCAAAGAACAACAAUAAAAUUUUGUACCGUUAUUGACAUCAUAUUUAAUACAAGAAAAAUGCCAAGUGAUCUAUUAGAGGAUAUAACUAUGGAAUUGGGAGCCAAGGAGACAUGGCCUGUAAAUGUACCUAUUCCUUUAUAUCAACCGUUCCAAGUGGAACAGAUGCUAUUGCCCGACAGUGCAAAUUCUUUGGCUGUACAAGCAUUUCUUAAAAUGUGUGGCUACAAAUUUGACAUAAUCUCAAGAUAUAAUGCUGAAUAUAUGUCUCCUACUGGUCGAGUACCGUUCAUCAAAUGUGGAGAUCGUAUAGAAUCUGAAUUUGAUAGAAUUGUAUCAUUUAUAGAAAGCAAUGGUGUUAGUUUAUCAAAAAAUUUGUCUACAGCCAGCAAAGCAGAUAUGAGGGCUUAUAUGUCAUUGGUUAAUAAUGUACUUGUAAAUGCUGAAUUAUACAUUUGUUGGGUUGACGAAGUAACCCUGAACCAAGAUACUAAACAAAGACAUGGACACGUAUAUCCUUGGCCUUUGAAUCAUUAUCUGAACUGGCAAAAAAGGAAUGAAGUUAUAAAGAAACUGAACGUACUUGGCUGGUAUAAUAAGAGCAUAGAAGAAGUAUGUAACGAAGUUGAAACUUGUUGUAAAGCAUUAUCUGACAGAUUGGGUGGUAAUGAAUAUUUCUCUAGGGGCGAGACACCCAAUGAAUUAGAUGCCUUAGUCUUUGGACAUAUUUUUAUUAUAAUCACAACACAUCUACCUCCUGAUAACGUACUGGCGUCUAUUGUCAAGAAAUAUACACUGCUUGUGAAUCUCUGCAAUCGCAUUGAGACUAGGUAUUUCAAGAAGCCAGAAGCUUAGAUGGAAUUACACUCGAACUUUAGAUACAUUGAGAUCAGGUAUACUGACGGCGUUGAUAUUAAGUUCCUGUGUUAUGCUCGCGACCUUGGUACAAAUGAAAAUGUAAAGCCAGAAUUGUGUAACAUUCAAUAAAU